AUGAACACUAAUGCAAACAAAAUAAAUCCUACGAAAAUAACGGCAAAAUUCAGAUGGAAUCUACUUCGUUCGAUAAUUCUAUCAUCAUCUAAUACUCAACAUACAAUGAAUCCAACAAAAAAGCAUCAAGAAUUUAAUUUAUUUCCUCGGCGAAAAAGAGCCUUGACCAAUAACGAUGACAUACCACAAUUGGAAGAAUGGUUCACUUAUGAUCUUUAUGAUCAUGUGACCUUGGAUGUUAGGAUCAAAAUUCCUAGAAAAAUUGAUAUAAAAGCAACUUUUGCUACUGAAUACUCUGGAAUGUUGAAUACGGGUAAUUUAUGUAUUUGGCCAUCAGAAGAAGUAUUAGGUGGUGGAAUGUGUGCACUGGCUGGUUUGAUUGUAGCUGCGAAAUGUCAUCCGCAAAGCACCAUUUUGAAUUCAAAUAAGGAACUCUUCUCUGAUGUGGAUAUGUGUUCCGUGCAGAUGCUUUGGAAUAAGAAUACCGUAUACGACAUUCAGUAUAAUAUUGUCAUAUGUGCUGACUGUACUUUUGAUAAAGAAACACAUCCGCACCUUCUCCAUGUUAUACGUUCUAUUCUAAAAAAAUCAGACAAAAGCUUGUUUAUUCUAUGUGCACCUCGUCGAGGUGAUAGUCUACAAGCAUUUGUCACGUUGUUAGAAACUACUGGUGAAUUCCGCGUAGAAUUGUUAGAAAAAUAUGAUGAGAUAGUAUGGAAAUCUCAUGGGAAAAGUCUAAAAGAAGAACAAGGUUACUAUAAUACAGACGCUCAUUAUCCUCUAAUUGUACGCGCUUCUUGGAACUUAUAA